AUGACCACCACGACUAGAUCCACCGACAACGGCGACGAUGCCCCUGUCGCCGCAUCCUCGGAGCACGCGAGCACCGGCGACAAGCGCAAGAUCGAUAGUGGCUCAUCUCCUGCACCAAAGGCCCGCAAGAUUGACGACCAGAAGGAGCAGAAGACCUUGGAGGAAUCGUUUCAAGGGAGUGACAAAGACGACAAGAAGGACAAUGCCACGGCUGACAACGGAGAGCAACAAGCUCGACACGACGAUGACAGCCAUACAGCCAAGACUAAUAACGGCGAUAGCGCUGUCGAAAGUGGCGCACGUAAGGGCGAGACUCCAUCCAACAUCCUCGAAAAGGGCAUUAUCUACUUCUUCUUCCGUGGACGCGUAGGUAUAGACGAACCUCAGGCUGUUGACGACGUUGCCCGCAGCUACAUUAUCCUGCGUCCCGUGGACAGGGACGCCAAGCUUGGAGAGGGCGCAAUCGGCGAUGCGGGCAACAGCAGGCUGUGCGCUAUCCCAAAGAAAGUGCUCCCUCAAAGCGGUAGAGACCGAUGGAUUGCUUUUGUUGAGAAGACGGGCGCCUCUUUCGAAACGCUCAAGGACGAGUUUCUUGCAUCCAACGACUACGUAACCAAGACUGCUGGCACGAGACAUACACCUGCUGCCACCCCAAUUGGCGAGGGCGUCUACGCAAUUACUAGCACUGGCAGAGAGAACCACUUGGUGUAUUUUCUCACCCUUCCGCAAGAGUUGGGCGAGGUUCAGACGGAGAUUGGCCUCAAGGAGAAGGGUAGUUUCAUCAUGAGCACGCGUAACCCUCAGUAUCCCGCACCCAAGAACGCACAGCUACCCCAGGGCCCAGAAUACUCCAAAGAGAUACUGGAUGAGUUCCGGUCUCUGCGCUGGAUGGCGACUGUCCCCAAACAUCUCGACGUAGUCCAAACACAGUUUCUUCUCAUCGGCGAAUCCUCGGGCAUUGACAAGGCUGUACAGCCCGAUAAAAAGGAUGGAGAUAAGGAAGACCCCAUUGAAGAGAUGGAAAAGCUCGAAGACGAGGACACCAAAAGAAUGGAGCACCUAGGGAAAGAUGACUCUGAUGCCAUCUUCGCGGAUCUUGAAGUCCAAGCCAAAGAUUACCCGAAAUUGCAGACUACAUUUUGA